UGAUUUCAUGAAUGACAGGUGUUGUUGUGUUGUUGUGGAAUUCUUAAAUCAACUUAACUUUUAGUGUUAAUUUAGCGCAGUGAUCCUUUGAUUCAAUUAUUAAUGAUAGCGUGGGCAUGCAAGAAGUUUAACUCUGGUUUCUUCAGUGACAAGGAAUCCAAAAAUGAGGAGAAAAGUGAAACGUCGAAGCAUAGUAUGCUAGCAGAGGACGAACCGUCAUGUAGCCAGAAAGUUAAAUUAACUGUUGUUGGCCUGGAAGGACAUGUGUGGACAUUGGAAGUGCCUGUAAAUACAACAGUUGACAAGUUGAAAAAUUCAAUCCUUAGUCGGUUUUACAACUCCCAAGAUAGUCUUAAAUCAAGUGCAAAUUACUACCUUGUUGACGUUGCUGGGAAGAAAGUUCUCAACGGAACUUGCACAAUCCUAGAGGAGAAUUUAAGCGAUAAAGAUGAAAUCUUACUUGUUGAACGAAAUAUCCAACCGAAGAAAGUAUUACCAGAAGAUGAGAGAGGUCCCACAAUGGAGGAAAUCGAAAAGGCUACGAAACAUCUAGUUCCACAAAAUACCAAUGGUCCUAUCCCGAAGCCUCACCGACCAUCAGAUACUCAAAACGAUAUUCAGAGAAUGUUCAUUUCCCUGGCUGAAACAUCAUCGCGAAUCUUAUCAGCAAACCCGGAUGCAAAUGAAAUCUACGAGGUGAUAGUAUCAAAACUUGACUUGCAUUCCAAAAAUGCUCCCGACCCUCAAAUUGUCAAACAACUGGAGGAAAUGGGAUUUCCUAAGAAGCAAGUCAUUGCUGCUCUCGCUUUGAAAAAGCAAAAUGCAACAGAGGCGCUUGAAUGUUUGCUAGAUGGGUCAUUAGAAACUCUCAAAGCCUCAGACACAAGCAUUCCAAACAGUAUAGAUUUGGACCCUCCGGAAAAUGCCAAUGCAAGUCUAGCAGAAAAAAUUAGCCACCUUUUAAAAAUCUGUAUCACAGUUAAUGCCAAACGCAACAAUAAUGAUCUUGGAAACGAUAAAAUGCUACAGUUUCUGGUCGAUUCAGGCCUCGCACGGAGCAGUUCCCCAGAAUUGCUGAGCAAGACUGACAGUGACCAAUCUGAGUUGACUGAGGUUUCUUCUGAUGGAAGCAAACUGGAGGAAAGAAUCAACCUGGGAGCAGGGAGCAGCCAACAGAUGGGGCUGGAUCGCAACGAUCCUGUUUACAAAGCACUUCACACAAAUCCUGCAAUUAUCCUUGGUCUCAAUAAUCCUAAAACUCUCCUAGCUCUUAUAUCAAUAGUGGACAGUCCCUCAGCGGCCAACCUGUGGCUAAACGACCCUGAUACCUCAUCAGUACUGAAUCAAAUAUUCAAAACAUAUCACACUGAGAAACAUGCUGUCGGAAGAUAGACCCACAGAUUCCACCAACGCUUUCAUGUAAUGUCUGAUGUAAGAUAAGUUGCUGAAGUCAGCGAUUUACAGAACAGCAUAAAAUAGGUUAAAAUUUAUUAACCCUCCAUGUUGUGUAGGUUUUGAGUAAUCAAUUUUUCUUUUCCAGGCUAUUCAUCGCAACAAGAUCAAAAGGGGCUACAAACUGACCUUUUUUUAAGAUGAUAAUUUUGGAAGAAGAAAGGAACUUACACAAUGACCACUUUGGUUUUAUCAUGUUUGCUCGUUUGAUAUAUUUUAAACACCACCCUAAUUUAGAUAGCCUAUUUUAAAAAAAAUGGAUAGAAACCAGUAAUUUUCCUGUUUUUCCCUGACUUCACCAAUGAAUCUAUAUUGUGUCUUUUGUAAUGAGUGAUACGUAAAGUUUUCUAAUGUAAAUGAUACCACUGUAUUAUUUUAAACAUUGAAACAGUAAGUACAAAAUAGUUGACAAAUA